AUGAGUGUUGUUAAUCCGAAAUCAAUAGCAUUGUAUAGAACUAUUGUUAGAGCAAUUAAUACGAAGCUACCUAAGCAAGCACAAAACUAUUAUUGGGCAUUUACAAGAGAGCACUUUGCAGGUCACAAAGGUGAAACCGAUCCCAGAGAUAUAGAUCUACUUAUUGAAAAAGGUUACAAUAAUCUUGAUUGGAUCAUAAAGAAGUAUAAUGCAACUGAAGAUGCAGAACCCUAUCAAAAGAAGAAAUAA